CUGGAGCGCAGGGGCGGGGCCUAGACGCGUCCCGCCCACCCGCCGAGUCCCUAAGGGCUGGGUGUGCAGCCAUGACGUUGUAGGGCGCGGGAUGGAUGUUGCCGCUGCAGAGUGCGAGCGUGUGGCUUCCUGGAAGAAGAUGUCCAAAGAGGAGUUGGAGACUCAGUACAGCCCAAGCAGAUGGGUCAUCCGGCUGGGAGCAGAGGAGGCACUGAGGACAUACUCACAAAUAGGAACCCAGGCCACCAAGCAGGCCCGGGCCAGCAGGAGGAGCCUGCUGCAUGUCCCCUAUGGCCACGGAGAUGGGGAGAAACUGGACAUCUACUUUCCUGAUGGAGUUUCAGAAGCCCUGCCCUUCUUCAUCUUCUUUCACGGAGGAUACUGGCAGAGUGGGAGUAAAGACACGUCGGCCUUCAUGGUGGACCCUCUGACCACCCAGGGAGUGGCCGUGGUGAUCGUGGCUUAUGACAUUGCGCCCAAAGGCACCCUGGACCUGAUGGUAGACCAGGUGACCCGGAGCGUCGCCUUUCUCCAGAAGCAAUACCCCAGCAACAAGGGAAUUUACCUGUGUGGACACUCAGCAGGAGCCCAACUGGCCGUCAUGAUGCUCCUGGCCAACUGGACCAAGCAUGGAGUCACGCCCAACCUCAAAGGCUUGUUCCUAGUCAGUGGGAUCUAUGAUCUGGAGCCCAUCACGCACACCUCCCAGAAUGACACUCUCCUCCUGACGCAGGAGGACGCUCAGAGGAACAGCCCACAGCUGCGCCUGCAGGCUGCCCUGAAGCCACCUGUGGCCCCCACUCCCCCCAUGCUGGUUAUCGUGGGCCAAUACGACUCCCCUGAAUUCCAGCGACAGUCCAGGGAGUUUUUCCAGGUGCUGUGCCGAGGAGGGUGGGAGGCCACAUUUGAAGAGCUCCCCGAUGUGGACCACUUUGAAAUCAUUGAGAAUCUAACCCAGAAGGGUUAUGCGCUCACCCAGAUUAUUUUGGGAGUAAUCUUCCCGGAGUCCUGACAGCACCUGAACCCCAGCCCAGUGCUCACCUGCCUGCGAAGCUUCCAGAAGCCUUCCCACUUCCCCAGCGCUCAGGAACACCUUUGUUUGUCUCCAGGCCCCGCCCCAGCAGGAGCACAUU